CAAACAACUGGAAAAAUAAUAGAAAUGAGUUGGUCAGAAAGCUUCUGAGAGCAGAGCUGCAUUAGAGUGAGGGAGUGAAGCGGAGUGACUGAUCAUAUUCCAGCCGAGGGGAAUCUGACGGGCUGAAACGGCCCUGAAGGAGUCACACACACACACACACACAUGUGUGUAAAACACUCCUCCUGCGGCCCCAUGCAGCUGUGAGGCCCUGAGGAGGUCUCUCUCUCUCUCUCUCUCUCUCUCUCUCUCUCUCCCGCCCUCCCUCGCUCUCUGUGUGUGUGAAUCAGAGCGGUGCAGAGCUGCUGCCGGGAGUCUCCGGCUGGCUGGCGGAAUGUGCGGAGUGGCGCACCGGUGCUCUGUGUGGAUUUAACCGUCUCACGUUUGGAUUACCAUUGGGAUUGCUUUGGGAAUAUUGCCGGAUCGUGCUUGUGAAAUCGAGGAUGAGCUGUCAGCAGCGCGUGUGGAUUACAGAAGCAGGAGGAACCUGAGAGGGGACGCGUUUCUCGUCGACCUCGGGCGUCUGCCGACCGUCUCCAGCUCACGCUGGAAUACCGUGAUUAGCUCCAGGAGUUUAGGGACCAUGAACUCCGGAGUGGCUGUGAACGCUGGCAGGGAACCGGUGGCCGAGGGAAGUGAGCUUCAUCUGGCUGCGCUGGCGUCUCUGAAGGGUGACGUGGUGGAGCUGAACCAGCGGCUGCUGCAGACUGAGAGAGAGAGAGAAGCGCUGGAAAAGAGACUGGCCAAAGCACAGUGUGAGCAGUCUCAUCUGCUGCGGGAACAUGAGGAGGUUCAGGAGAGAACGACGCUGCGCUACGAGGAGCGAAUCACAGAGCUGCACAGCAUCAUCGCUGAACUCAACAAGAAGAUAGACCUGCUGCAGGGCUCCACCAUCAGGGAGGAGGAUGAGUUUUCCGAGCUUCGCUCCGAUCUCAGUCACAGCCAGCAGGAAGUCAACGACGACGACCGGAGCGUCGAUCAGGACCCCGACCAGGCGUCCAUCUCACUGCCUGAAAACCAGUCCACACUGGUCACUGCGGACAUGGAUAACUGCAGUGACCUGAACUCGGAGCUGCAGCGGGUUUUGACGGGACUGGAGAGCGUCCUGUGCGGCCGUAAGAAGAGCACCUGCAGCCUGUCUGUGGCGGAGGUGGACAGACACAUCGAGCAGCUGACCACCGCCAGUGAACACUGUGAUCUGGCCAUUAAGACGGUGGAGGAGAUCGAGGGCGCUCUGGGCCGCGAUUUCUACCCCAGUCUGUGUGAGGAGCGUGUGCGCUGGGAGAAGGAGCUGGCCGGCCUGCGGGAGGAGAACGAGAGCCUGACGGCGAUGCUGUGCAGUAAAGAGGAAGAUCUCAACCGCACCAAAGCCACCAUGAACGCCAUCCGAGAGGAGCGGGACCGUCUGCGCAGACGCGUCCGAGAGCUGCAGACGCGUCUCCAGAGCAUUCAGCCCGGCGGUCCGUCCAGCCCCGGGCGUCUGACCCCAGCUGGACGUCCCAUCAACCCCAGCACAGGAGAACUCAGCACCAGCAGCAGCAGCAAUGACAUCCCUGUGGCCAAAGUGGCGGAGCGAGUGAAGCUUUCUAAGACACGAUCAGAAUCACUACCAGCAGAGAGAUCCAUCCUGGGCUCUGAGAUCAGCAGCAUCGGGGUCUCCAGUAAUGUGGCAGAACAUUUGGCUCAUUCCCUUCAGGAUUGCUCCAACAUCCAGGAGAUCUUCCAGACGCUCUACUCGCACGGAUCCGCCAUCUCCGAGAGCAAGAUCCGAGAGUUUGAAGUGGAGACGGAGAGACUCAACAGUCGCAUCGAGCACCUGAAGUCUCAGAAUGAUUUGUUGACCAUCACACUGGAGGAGUGUAAGAGUAACGCGGAGCGGAUGAGUAUGCUGGUGGGCAAAUAUGAGUCCAACGCCACCGCGCUCAGACUGGCCCUGCAGUACAGUGAGCAGUGUAUCGAGGCGUAUGAGCUGCUGCUGGCGCUGGCCGAGAGUGAACAGGGUCUGGUCUUGGGUCAGUUCAGAGCGGCUGGAGUCAGUGCUGUGGGAGAGCAGGCGGGAGAAGAGAGCAUCACUCAGAUCCUGAAGAAAGCUCACGACAGCAGGAAGACGGCGGAGAACGCGGCCAAAGACCUCCUGACCCGGCUGGACGGCAGCUGCGGCGCUGCGUUCGCGGUGACCGGCUGCAGCGUCCAACCCUGGGAGAGUCUGUCGUCCAACAGCCACACCAGCACCACCAGCUCGACGGCCAGCAGCUGUGACACUGAUUUCUCCAAAGACGACGAGCAGCGGUUGAAGGACUACGUCCAGCAGCUGAAGAACGACCGGGCGGCCGUCAAACUGACCAUGCUGGAGCUGGAGAGCGUCCACAUCGACCCGCUCAGCUACGACGUCAAACCUCGCGGCGACUCGCAGAGACUCGACCUGGAGAACGCUGUGCUCAUGCAGGAGCUCAUGGCCAUGAAGGAGGAGAUGGCGGAGCUGAAGGCUCAGCUGUACCUGCUGGAGAAGGAGAAGAAAGCGCUGGAGCUGAAGCUGAGCACGCGUGAGGCUCAGGAACAGGCGUACCUGGUGCACAUCGAGCACCUGAAGUCUGAGGUGGAGGAGCAUCAGGAACAGAGACGCCGCUCGCUCAACUCCACCGGCAGCAGCGCUGGAGGAAAAGACAAGAGCGGGAAGGACUCUGGAGAUUCUCCAGCAAUCAGUCUGUCUGAUCUGAGGAGUCUGAGCGACAGCGACCUCGCGGCGGAGCUCACCGGCGCCCUCAGGAGAGAGAAGAAGCUGAAGGGUCGUGUUCAGGAGUUGGUCGCUGCGUUAGAAAGACUCACGAAGAGCAGUGAAGUCCGUCAUCAGCAGUCUGCGGAGUUCGUUAACGACCUAAAACGAGCCAACAGUAAUCUGGUGGCGGCGUAUGAGAAAGCCAAGAAGAAACACCAGAACAAACUGAAGAAGCUGGAGUCUCAGAUGAUGGCGAUGGUGGAGCGACACGAGACGCAGGUGCGGAUGCUGAAACAGCGCAUCGCUCUUCUGGAGGAGGAGACGUCUCGACCGCACACCAACGAGACCUCGCUCUGAUACACACACACACACACACACACAUGCGCGCUUCUGGACAUUACGGAGCGUGUUUUGAGGACGUUUGUUACUAUAUUACAGUAUUUCACUGCAGAUUCUUCCAUGAAAACUUCUGGACGUCACUGAUGGAGCAAAACACAAGCAGCAACACAACAGGAACACAGAGAAGAUGUUUAUCAGGAUGUUCACGCUGCUCUUUUACAUGCAAAAAAAACAGACUGUCAGGAUACAAAAAGUUAUUAAAUGUUCCGUCAGUCGUAUGACACACAAAAGUCUCCGCAUGAAACGACGGAUCUGGUUUUGUCAAGUGGGAAUAGUUGUCAUGUUUUAUACUAUUCCGUUUUUCCAGUUUGUAAUUAUGAGGUGGACAGAGACUAGUUUUUAUGCUUUUGUUAGUGAUUAUGAACACAGCAGAAAUCCUCUAUCCAUAAGACACAGACAGCCGCAGCACAGACUCAACAAUACUAACAAUAUAAAAUCUCUGGAGAGACAUGAGUGAACGCAGAGAAAUUAUUAUUUUGAGCAAUACGUUUCCUUUAUCUGCUCUUCAUGUUACUGUCCUCAGUUGAACCAGGACGAAUUCAGCCACAGAUGAGAAAACUCAUCAUUUACACAAAGUAUAAAUGUCUAAAUUCAGGCUACAGAUUCACAAACUUCAGAUUUAUCGAAUGUAUAAACCUCUGAAAUAUAAACUUCAUUUAUUAAAACUGCUUAGACAACAUCGAUUCUUCAACGUAUCAUCACUCAGUUUAGGAUCUGUAUAUUAUUUUAUCAGUAACUCUUAAAAAGGUCUCAUUUAGUUAAUGCAUUAAUUAACAUGAACAAAAAAAUACUGUAUUUAUUAAUCUUAGUUAAUGUUAAUUUUUUUUCAUGUUCACACUGCAUUAACAGAUCCAGCAGAUUUUAUCCCUCUGGUGCUCUUCAGUCAUUUUUGACAGAAAAAUUUUACGUUUUGGUUUUUUAGAUUUUUUUUUUUUAUCUUCAUCUGAAUUUUUACGAAACUUCGUAAAUAUUUUGGCACUUGUGAACACACAAAAAUCAUGGACAUGAUUCGAAAAGGUUAAAUGGUCCUGAGAAGAACAGUCACACGUCAUGUUUGCAGUCAAAAAUGGAAAUGAAUGUGAUGCGAAUUUCAUCUAGUGGAAGUGUUCAGUACUGCGCCCAAACCAAAUAUUACUAAAAGCUCAUUUUUUGAGAUAUCAAGCUCAAAUUUGGAACACAACUUGUUUAGAUUUAUGGCUUUGAUUUUCUCACAGUUGUAGAGUAAAACAUGCUUAGGAAUAGAUAUAUUUCAUAUAAAAAUAGUAUCUUUGUGCAUUUUUCAUAACAAUAAACUUGAACUACUAACUUUAAUUUCACUUUUUUCUCAGCAAUAAUCUGCCGUGUGUUCUUCAAAAAGAGACCAAACUUUCACUGGAAAUGUAUUAUCAGGUCUAUGCUCAAAAACUGAAUAAAUGGAUGCAUAAAUAUAAUUUAGUACCAUAAAAUCCCAAAAUACAAAACAUUAUAAAACUAAAAUAUAGAACAUUCGUUUAAUUGAAAUAAAGUCAUCCAUGUGAGCAGCACCAGAGGGUUCAAAUCUGUUAGAGGUAUUGUUCAGUGUUAGUUCAUGUUUACUAAUGUAGUUAACUAAUGCAACCGUAAUGUAAAGUUUUAUCAUAAUAUAGUUUAUUUUUGUAAAAUUUCAGCAUCACGUUUGUUUUUGCUGAUCCCGAGCAGCUCUUUUUUGAUUUUCUAUAUUUAGGAUCUGUUUUGCGUUGAUCAUUCCUGUUGUUCCAAACCAGUUUAGUGAAAAAUACUGUGAAAAAAUAUUUCAUUUGUUCACAUGAAAUUUGAUCCCCCCUUUUCAUUUUCCUGAUCAGCCAGAUGAAUGAAAAUCCUAAGAUUUUUUUGUUUUUGGAUAAAUUCAUAAGUGCAUAAGAAUUGUUUACCAAGUGCAAUGCUUAAAAAAUGUAAUUAUGAACACUUUUAUUUUGAUUAUUUUUCAGGCUGGAAAUAUGACGACAAUCUUCAUUUUUGUGUGAAAUGUUCCUUCUGAUGUAGUUUUCCAGAGGAGCGUAACAUCACAAUAUCAACAAAUGUCACAUUUCAGUUUAUGCAAAAAAAAAAACAGGCUGUUUAUAGUCUCAGCGGUUUGAUUUUCAUCAACACUACAGAAGCACUUUUCCACAGUCUGGUGGAGCGGAUCACCACAUUGCCUUCUGACUGACUUUUUUCCCACUGAUAUUUAUUUUUCCCUCUCCUGCUAAAUAUCAACAAGACCUCAAACUCCACGGUUUUACAUGAUACUGCAACUGUUUACACGCUUGUGCUCCAGAGGUGUUCGUCCCAAACGUCACAGGCUCGGUGAAGAACCUCCUUCCUUCGAUGUUAUUAUGCAUAAACAGUUUUCAUUCAUAUUGAUCACAUUUGGUGAAAUAUUCAAUGCAAUAGAAAUGUAUUCUCUCGUUAGGGCCGUUUGAGUGCCGAUCGGCCCACAGAAAGAUGUGAACAAGCAUUUAAUAAAAUAAUUCAUAUUCAUGCUGGACGAUCAAAUGUAAAGAUUUACAUUUUCAUGGUUUUUCAGAUUUACUUUGCGCAUCAGUAAAUAAAGGAAUAAAUAGAUGGAUGUAGUUUCUUUCCUCAGAAAACCUGGAAUGAUUAUAAGAGAUGAUGUAAAGACGUCAAGACUGUCCUUCCUUUUAUGAAAAGUAUAUACAUAUCCAUUUGAACCGAUGGGCUGGAGAAACUAUAAAGGGUUUGUGAAUUGUACUUUAUUUGCACAGAUCUGUUUAUGAAUCAAAUCUUUGCAAUCAUUUUGUUUUAUUUUAAUACAGAAUGUAUUUGUUUAUAUAAUAAAGAAAUAAUGCAACA